AAAACCCCACAGGAAAGCUGAACGCUUCAGUCUUUGUAUUGGAGACUGGAAACAUAAUCAGAUCCAUUCUCUUUCUCUCUCCCCUCCACUCUCCAGCAUCAUUUCUUUUGCAUUUUCGGCCCCAAACAUUUUAAUAUCAGCAUGAUUUCAUCACUACGCACGCUGUAUUAAUAUCCCCCACAUGCCCAAUCCCUCUCCCCCAAAACCCAAAUGUCAUUAUAUUAUUAUUAUUAUUAUUAUAUAUAAAUGAGAUUUAACAAACAAUACCAAGAAAGGUAGCUUGCAGCAGUUUUCUAGGCUCUCCCCAAAAAGCAACGCAAGCUAGCUACUCUGUUUUGUUUCUGUUUUUUUGGGGUUUGAUUUUAGGAGAAGAAGAAGAGGAAGCUUCAGUGCAUUUUACUUACGCUACUGUUGUUGGAAGAGCUUUGGAAAUGGCGACGAGAAGCUAAAGGAAAAGGAAAACUGCUAGUUCCGAUCUCAACCAGGGAAGAAGGGAAUGGCGAUUUCAGGAAGCUGUUGCCUGGACACAACAACAACAGCAAGAAACCAAAGGUGUAGUCGGAAGAAUCAAAAUUGCAGCUGCCGCCUUCUCGAUCUCAGAACAGGACAAGCACAGCAACGACAACAAGAAGUAGCCCACCCGCAGCAAUGUAGCAGGCAGCGAGACUUACAAACUACAUCGACAACAACAUCAACAGAAUCCUCAGAUUCAGGGCUAGAAACGAAAACCCAGAAGCUCAAUUUCUCGAAUGAAGGCGUGGCGGAGUGCAGCCCGUUUUGUCACGCUAGCAACGGCAGCAUCAUCAUCAACAAAGGGAAAAUCUCCCCUGUUUUCCUCUGUUUCCUUCUUCUCUUCCUAAUUUCCCCUUCUUCCCCAAUUUUCACAUUCGUUGUCUCCUCUGAGACCGGGAACAACGGAACCCACCAAAUUUUGCACCCUGGGGAAGAGUUACAGAAGUUGAAAAGCAUCAGGGAGCGACUCAACAAGAUCAACAAGCCUCCUGUCAAGACGAUUCAGAGUCCUGAUGGCGAUGUCAUAGAUUGUGUUCCGUCUCACCAGCAACCCGCUUUCGAUCAUCCCCAAUUGAAAGGCCAGAAGCCAUUGGAUCCACCAGAGAGACCAGAGGGGCAUAGUCAAGCAUCAACAGCAGGGAGUGCAGAAGAGAAUUUCCAGGCGUGGAGGCUGUCGGGGGAAUCGUGCCCAGAAGGAACGAUUCCGAUCAGAAGAACGUCGGAAGAGGAUAUGCUGAGGGCAAGCAGUUUCAGAUCAUUUGGGAAGAAGCUCAAGGGGCACGUCCGCAGAGACACCAACAGCAAUGGCCAUGAGCAUGCAGUUGGAUAUGUGAGCGGCGAUCAAUACUACGGAGCCAAGGCAAGCAUAAACGUGUGGGCUCCGUCGGUGGCGAACCAAUACGAGUUCAGCCUGUCGCAAAUGUGGGUCAUCUCCGGCUCCUUCGGCGACGAUCUCAACACCAUCGAAGCUGGUUGGCAGGUUAGCCCUGAACUGUAUGGGGACAACUACCCCAGGUUCUUCACGUACUGGACUACAGAUGCUUAUCAAGCAACUGGGUGCUACAAUUUACUCUGCUCAGGAUUCGUCCAGACCAACAGUCGAAUCGCGAUCGGAGCCGCCAUUUCCCCAACUUCCUCGUACACCGGUGGCCAAUUCGACAUUAGCUUGUUGAUUUGGAAGGACCCGAAGCACGGGAACUGGUGGCUGGAGUUCGGGUCGGGCGUGCUGGUGGGUUACUGGCCGUCUUUCUUGUUCACGCACCUGCGGGAGCACGCGACGAUGGUGCAGUUCGGAGGGGAGACGGUGAACUCGCGGGCGUCGGGGUUCCACACGGCGACGCAGAUGGGGAGCGGGCACUUCGCCGGGGAAGGGUUCGGGAAGGCGUCCUACUUCAGGAACCUGCAGGUGGUGGAUUGGGACAACAACCUCAUCCCUCUCUCCAACCUCAAGCUGCUCGCCGACCACCCAAACUGCUACGACAUCCAAGGCGGGAUCAACACAGUCUGGGGGAACUACUUCUACUAUGGAGGCCCUGGCAGAAACAUCAGAUGCCCUUAAUUAAGGAUUUUUCUUCUUGCGGUGGGUUUUUCUCUCAAAUUGAGGAUUUGGGUUUUUCUUCUUCUUCGUAAUUAAUUAAUUAAUUAAUUUCUCUCAAAUGCCCCUCACGAUCUCUGCCUGGUGUUUAAUUUCCGUUCGGAAGUACUAAUGGGGGAUGCGUUGACUAUACAAAUCAUUGGUUAGGGUUUGUUUUCUUCUGUAAAUUUAAGCCAAAAAAAAAGGGAGGAAAUUGUAGUGGUGGAAACACUAAUUAAAUAUAUAUAUUAUUAUGCUACAUACAAACUAUAUAUAUAUGGUUUGUGAGCUCAGUUUUGUGGAGGAAGAAAAUAAACUAUUUGUUGUGUGUGGAAAAUAACUAUCUUCAGUUAUGGUAAUUUUGUUCAUCUUCUCUCUUGUCAUUUUUAUGGAAGAUUUUCCUAGGAGUAUAAAAUGUUAACGGUAUA